AGAGAGAUGGGUCGAGUAUCUUCAACAAGCAUUGCAAAGGCGGAGAAGGUUUCUUGGUACGGCGCUUUGUUCAUGGCGGUGAUGCUGCUGCUCAUGAGCUGCUGUAAAGAAGAACAAGCGAGCGAAAGAGAAGCGGUGCUGCGGCAGUGGAACAAGGCGUGCGAUGAAAUAUACGUGGUGAGGGAAGGGGAGACGCUGCACACCAUCGGUGAAAAAUGUGGGGAUCCUUUCAUCGUUGAACAAAACCCUCACAUUCAUGACCCUGAUGAUGUUUUCCCUGGCCUUGUUCUCAAGAUUACCCCUUUCAACAAAUAAACCAGUUUUAUUAUACCCAACU